UGAUACUCCCUUACGUUUAUUCAUUUAUUCUGUUACAUCUGGGAAAGAUGCUAAAUUUCCGUUAAAUCUUAAUAAUUUGUCUCUUGAACAAAUUUCUUCACUGCGAUCGGAUGGAUCGUACAGAGACAAAUGGAAUUUUCUUAUCAAGGCAAAUAGAAGUAUUUUUAAAGUAUUUGGAACCUUAAGACACAUCAACGGAGAUAUUGUUCUUGUUGCCAUCCGUUUAGAAAAGGUAGAAGAUCCAAUUGGUAGUUUAAAAACAUUAGGGAUGUUAGCUGCUUUUGCUCCUAAGAAAUAUUGUAUCAUAUCGAUACAUCGAGUACCUUUUCGGAUUUAUUCUGGGAAUUGAUAAAGAAGAAAAAGGUGACAGCCACAGAAAACGAAGUCUAACCUCAAAUGUUGAAGCUUCUCAGCAUUUUGCAAACAAGCUUACAAGUAUUUCCUAAUAGAACUACUGGAUCACCUGAUGUUAUAAGAGCUGCCAAAUUAAUUCACAAUAAGAGCAGAAAAAUGGUGAGGUAUCUGGAGCAGACUGAAGCAAUUAAUAUCGAUAAAGACCUGUUCGAAAGGUAUCGAUUCAGUGUUGAUCAACUAAUGGAACUUGCUGGGCAAAGUUGUGCAGUUGUGAUUGCAAAAUGUUAUCCAUUAGUAAAAAGUGCUUCCAACAAUGUGUUGAUAUGUUGUGGGCCAGGAAAUAAUGGAGGUGAUGGUCUGGUUUGUGCUAGACAUUUGAAACUUUUUGGAUAUGCUCCUGAAAUUUAUUAUCCAAAAAGAACUUCAAACCGUUUAUACGAAAAUCUUCUACACCAAUGCACUGAAAAUGAUAUUCCCAUUGUUGAAAGUACAGAGAAAUUUAAGGAACUGAAUAAGAAUAUUGUUAUAAUAGAUGCAUUAUUUGGAUUUAGCUUUAAACCUCCAGUUCGAGAUGAAUUUGUUCCGAUUAUGAAUAUCCUAAAAAGUACAGUGAUUCCAAUAUGCAGCAUUGAUAUACCUUCUGGCUGGAAUGUAGAAAAUGGUCCUUCCAAAGGGGAUAUAAAUCCAGAAACACUAAUAUCUUUAACUGCACCAAAAAUGUGUGCUCGUCACUUCAAAGGAAAAUACCAUUAUUUAGGAGGACGAUUUGUACCUAAAAAACUGGAAAUUCAAUAUGACCUACAGCUUCCUGAAUAUCCUGGGACUGAUCUGGUUGUUCCUUUAUCAUAAACAGAAAUUAUGAUAUAUUUUAAAUAUUCAGUGUAUCUUUUUUGAAUUUCAUGUAAAUUUAUAUUUAAUUCAUGUAAGUCAUAUGCUAACUGACAAAGCUGUAUCAAUUUAUAAACAAGUUUUAUAUACUGAUUUGAUAUGUUAAGAUAGAAAGAUACGUAAAAUUCGAUUUAAUACUGUAUUUUUUUAUAUGGAGUACGAGAGUUAAUGUUAAUUCAUUUGUAAUAUUACUAUAAUUAAUCAUAAGUAAACAUAAACAUAGUGAUCCUUGUGUUAUUGUGUACAUAUCUUCAGACAUUACUACAAUAAAUAAUGCCAUUCUGUUAA